AUGGAGGUCAGACGUUGUUGCAUAAGACGUGUGAUAAAUCCUUGAAAUGCGUCUGUGCCAGAGAAUAACUGAAGACGCUGUCUAGAAUAUAGCCUGAGAUGGAAUAGAUCCGCGGAAGUUAGCCGCAUGAACUCCUUUCGGAAACCCAAGUAGGCCUAUACAUGUAUACGUGCAGUGAUGCUGAGACACAAAUUAUUCAACCUACAUACAUGACGAAAUAGGCCAAAGUCGAACAUGAACACGCAUACAUAUUGAUACUACGUACACGAAGCCUACAAAUUCAACCUACUCUGGACGUUGAAUGAGGAUACUUAGUGGGGUACAGGCCACUGGUAUAUAGGCCUACGCAAUAUUUUUGCUGAAUCGGACUACUUUCCGAGUAGUGUUAAUCCGGAAAACUAAAGGAAGCGCUUCAUCUUUACUCAGUAUUUUACUUUUCAACAUUUGCUGAACUGAAAGCAGUGUAGGAGAUCUAAAAGAAUGGCUAGUGCGGAAGGCCCUGAACACAACAGUCGCCAGUUCAACGUUGAUCACAUGGUUAAGCACCUACGUACGAAGUAUGUGGGACGGAAAGUGGUGUACAAGCCCAGUACCGGUAGUACGAUGGAUGACGCAAGGGAUGAGGCUCUUAAAGGCUGUCCAGAAGGGCUGGCGGUUAUAGCUGACCAUCAGACGAAAGGUAGAGGACAAGGUGGUCACACCUGGAGCAGCGAAGAUACAGCCAACUUGUACGUCACUUUCGUGUUCCAGAAACCAGAGAAAUUCCAGAAUCGUGUUGGCAUUCAGGAUGUGGAAUUUGCUGGAUCCUGUGCAGUUCUACAAGCCGUCCAUGAUGUUGGCGUCUCAACGGCCAAGCUGAAGUGGAAAAACGAUGUGUGGUGCUCUGGGCACAAACUGGCCGGUGCCCUCGUGGAAACCACUUCCCUCCCACAGGAUGACGAACACCAUCACAACAACGUCAUCUUUUUGUUGGGUAUUGGCGUCAACGUCAACUCUGACGUUCGGAGGAAUCCGAGUUUGCGGAAGCUGGCGACCAGCGUUCGAACAGAGUUAGGUGGCUGUAUCGUCUAUAGAGAGGAACUGCUGGCUAACAUUUGUAAUUAUCUGGAGACGUGUAUGCAUAUGGACAGGACUGACCUGUUAAAGGAAAUGAACUCCCAUCAGCUUUUUCAGCCAGGCUCUGCUGUAAAGGUGCUGGAUUUUGUAGACUACAGAGAGCUGUACACUGGGGUUCUUACUGAAGUGAGACACGACUGGACAUGUGUUAUCAAAGAUGACCAGGGCAAAAACCACGAGGUUGGCGACGGCGUAUCGUUGCGGCCUUAUCCAAAUCACUUUGUCUACGUCUUGUCAGAGAUGGUGGAGUGUGGUGGGGACAGUAACCUAUUGUACGACACCGUACUCUCUCUACUAGACACCACUGUCUAUACCGUGAAGCUGGUCAACAUGACGGAUCUUGACAAAGGCGACUGGGCAUGCAACUGCGACCUUCUGGUCGUUGGUGACCAUGUGACUACCGCAAAUGAAACCUCUAAACAAAUGAUACGAAGAUACGUCCAAGAAGGGGGGAAUCUGUUGGCGAUUGGUUCCGGAUGCAUUCUGGUCAGCCAAUCACUGAAGAGCCUAUCUGGAAUGAAAUGCGAGACUUUAGUGGCUGUGGUCAAAGGCAUGCUUCAAGUUAUCUUCAAGGACAAGUCAGCCAAAGAUUGUUCUUUCUUUAACCCCCAAUCAGAAGGUGCCUACCAGAUCACCGACACAUCCGGGUCAAUGACUGUCCUCGCCAGGACAAAGUCUGAAGAGGUGAUAGCUGGCUGCUGUGGAGUGGGUGAAGGCCUAGUAACUAUGGUGGGAUUUAACAUUGAGAGGACAUAUGCUGAGGCUAGUAACCUACAGUGUCUCUCAGAAAAAGAUGCCAAAACACUAUCCAACACAGUUUAUCAAAGAGACAGCUUUUUAAUUGACAUUCUUAAAACCCUGUUACAGAGCAAAAGCAAUAAUGAUCGGUAGUAUUUAAUACCACUUCAACUAAUCAGUCUUCUGAUUCUAACAUCAUGAUGUACAAGGAACUGUUUUAAAAAUAUUUAAUCAACAUGAUUCUCUCUUUGGGAAUGACCACUGUUUAAAUCAGAUAUAUUCAAGGGAUUACGGUGUUGUUUGUUGUGUAAUGGCUGAACCGGCUGGUGUGUUGCAUAUCUGAAAGGCCAUCUCUUUUUUUAAUAUGCAUAUUUGCACACUGCCCGCAACAGUGGGGUAGAAUGUCACCCACAAACGUAAUUUUCUCUAAUAAACCUUACAGACACAGCACAAAGUACUGAGAAGUGAAUAACAUGUUUCACCCUGCAGACCAAAAUAAUGUACUAGGUACUGUGUAGUCAAAUGAUGCUCCUUCAAAUAUUACUUAAGUGAAAUCUUACCUUGGCAGUUUAUUUUCAAUAUCAGGAGCUACUGCUUCUGUUUUCAGUGAAUACAAGCACACAACUGUUAAAACUUAAUGGAAAUAAAUUUCUAUUUUAAGUGUCUUGUUGCCAAGUCCUAUGAAGUUUCAUCUAUUUAUUUAUUUGUUUGCUUGG